AUGGUGAGAGAAGCGGAGAAGUGGAGCCAGAGGCGGAGUGGCCGAACCCCGGCGGUGGCUGAACCACAGGAAGUGGAGCCUGCUCCGGAGUCGAUCAUGACGCUAUCCAUUCUAAUGGACCUUUCAGGUUAUAGAUUUACUUGGUCGAAUAAAAGAGUAACUCCUGACACCAUAGAAGAGAGGCUUGAUUAUGCUCUUGCUAAUGAUGCUUGGGAUGAGGUGUGGCCUGUCACGGAUGUUACUAACCUACCAAGGUACCAUUCUGAUCAUAAUCCUUUACUGAUAUGUUGUGGUUCCAAGGGCUUAAGACAGGAAUUGCGAAGGGCCAGGUUGUUUCGCUUUGAGGAACUGUGGCUCCAGGAUGGGGAUUGUAAGGAGGUUGUGGCUGAGGCCUGGAGUGGGGGACGUGAAAAGUUUGGUGACAUACCAAAGAAAAUUUCUGACACGAAGGCUCUACUUCAGAAGCUCCAGCAGCAAAUUCAAACUGAUCAAGUGGUGGAGCAAGUUAAGGAGGCCGAGAGUGAGUUAGACAAAUUGAUUGAUCAGCAAGAAAUUUGGUGGAGUCAGAGCUCCAGAGUGAAUUGGCUAAAAAUUGGAGAUAGAAAUACAAAAAAUUUCCAUCAGAAUGCUACUCCGAGGCGAAAGAGGAAUAUGAUUGAAAAGAUUAAAGAUGAUGGAGGCAGAGAAUUUGUUGAUGAUCCGAGUAUUGGUAGAGUGUUGGGUGAUUACUUUGUUGGCCUAUUCACUAGCUCCUCUCCAUCAUGA